CCAAUUUAAAUUUACCAAAGCGCGCAAUAAUUUCUGCGGGCAGGAAGUGCAAAACUUGUACGGCUUAUCGACUCUCUUAGAUGCAGCGGCCCGGGGACUGCGACUCCAAGCUCUGGCGUGCGCCGAACACAUGUCCCCGGAGACGUUGUUGUCGAUGCAUAAGCCGUAA